AUGUUAUUGGUUAAUGGUGUGAAAUUGCAAAACGUAAAGCCUGUAUCAGAAAUUAAGGAAAAGAGAACAUACAAUAACAAUUAUCCAACUUCGAGGAUCGUCAAUGGACAAAUAGCCAAUGUUGGUCAAUUUCCUUACCAAGUUCGUUUGGCAAUUUGUGAAAUUUUCGAAUGUCUUUUCAAUGAAAGGAAUUGCGGUGGAGGAAUUAUUGCAAAAAAUUGGAUUCUAACAGCGGCCCAUUGUAUCUACGAAGACCCAAAAUCGAAAGAUUCCUUAAUAGUGUAUAAAAUUGAAGCUGGAUCAGUUAAAGCAAAUGAACCUCGUCAGCAGAUAAUUGUACUGAAAUCCUUUGUUUUUCCACAUCCUGACUACAAUCCUGACACGGCUGACAAUGACAUUGGACUUAUAAAAUCUCCCACGGAUUUCGAUUUUAGUACACCCUUCAUUCAACCUGCGCCCUUGGUUGCAGUUAAAACUGAUAAAGAAUCUUAUGUGGGACAAAAUUUAACAGUUCAGGGUUUUGGCUUUACAGUACCUGAUAGUGGAAUAGUUUCUACUGAACUGCGCUUCAUUCACCUUGAAGUGUACCCAUUGAAGAAAUGCCAACAGAUCUACAAGAGCAUGGGAAUAGAAGAAAUGCCAGCUAAUUCAUUCUGUGCUGAUAAUCCCGGUCCACCAAGAAGUAUUCCCUGUCAAGGUGAUUCAGGAUCACCUGUAACACUUACAAUCAAUGGUACAAAAACCGUAGUUGGUGUGGUUUCGUACGCAGUUGGGGUAUUAGGAUGUGAAGGAGGACCUGCGGGCUUUUCAGAUGUGUCUACUUUCAUUCCUUGGAUAGAAGAGAUGACAAGGGUGUAA